UGUUCUCCUCACAGGAUCAUCAGGAGAACCGAGAGACUCGGAUGGGAGCAGACCUCAGAUUUAGUUCUUCUAAAGUCAAUUCUUUCUUUUUGUUGGUUUGUUUCGCAGACAUUUUCAGAUGAAAGGAAAAGAAAUGCUCUGCUUACGUGACUCGGGCGACUGCUUGCGAGAGCAGAUGCGGUACAUGAUGAGGUCCCUGCAGGACCUAAAGCAGCUGCGGAAAAGCUGCCCGGCGGCGCGGCACCCCCUCGCCCCGCUCGGACCCCAGCUCCCCGCCUUGGCGCGUCACUCCGCAGUGGCGCGCGCCUGUCAGCAGCGGGCCCUGCAGAGAGAGCAGCGUGCGCGCCAGCGGAUAUCGGACGCCAGCAUCGCCACCUACGACUCCGCCUGCUGCCUGGCGAGUCCCCUGGAGGAGGAAGACGAGGAGGACGAGGACGACGCCAGCAGCCGGUUGGGCCUUCGCUGUCCCAGCAGCCAGAAGAGCUUGGAGUGCGACUCGGGCUACUCAGAGGCGUCCUGGAAAGACGACGGGAUCGUUCUCAGGAGGACUCGGAAUGUGCGGGUGUCCUCCUCCGCGUGUGCGCGGAUGAACCGGGGGCAGAGCGGACGCGUCCGACCCAAGUCCACGUCCGAUGCCUGCCUGGAAACGUGGACAUCGUUUGAAGUCAGCGACCAGGAGGACUGGACAAACUCUCUGCUGACCAGAGGGCGCAACCGCCAACCGCUGGUCCUCGGCGACAACAGCUUUGCAGACCUCAUACAGAACUGGAUGGAUUUGCCCGACUGUCCCGAACCCGCAGAGCUGAAGCCGAACGCCGGACAGCGACAGGGAAGAGGUUUCUUCGUGAACAUGAGGAGAAAACUCUUUGGCUUUUCUAAGAACGUGGAGAGCCGAGUGCGGAUGCGAUCCAAAGACUCUUCCGGGGUCAACAGGACGGCCAACGCUCCCAACCGCCUGUCCUGCCCCGUCGUGGCAUCGCAGGGAAAGGUGCCCUUCUUCCACCAGUCCCAUUCAGGGAUACACCAGCUGGAUUCAGACUUCUACCACUUCACCACCGUCAUGAAGUCGGGCAGCCGGCAGCCCAUAAUAUGCAAAGACAUCAUCGGUUAUGUCUGAGCCUGAAGAAUCCUCACGAACUUUAUUUUUAUGUUGGGAAGGAAAACGUUCUCAUAAUUAUUGUUCUAUGUCAGGGGUCCCCCAACUACGGCCCGCGGGCCGGAUCCGGCCCUCCUCCCCAUUCGGCCCGGCCCCCAAACUGUUUUGGUUAAAUUUGACAUUUUUUCUGGUUUUUUUAGGUUAAUUUGGCAUUUAGCGAAUGU